UUAGCUGGAGUGGACCCAACAAGCAAAGCCCCAGGACAUAUAUAAAUCUCCUACCCUUCACACUCUACCCAACUUUUCUCAGGACACAGCCUUCUAACAAGAUGAAACCUGCCUUCUUUUUCCUGCUCAUCCUCGUCACCCUUCUAGCACUGAUGUCCCCUGGCCAUGCUGACUGCUCUUUAGACUUGAUUGUGGAGAAGAAAAUACAGGAAGCUCUUUCCAACUUAGAGACUGCAUAUCAGAGACCUCUCUCUUGUACAAGUGUGACAAGAAGUGGCACACUCUCCACUUGCCCUUCAGGGUUUAAAGUUACUGGCUGUGCCUGUGGCCAUGGCUGCGGUUCUUGGGAUGUUCAAGGGGACGACACGUGUCAUUGUCAGGCAAAGGCAUGGACUGGACCACCGCUCGAUGCUGCAAGACUUUCUAAUGAGAGGAAGGUGGGAACAUCACCACACUUGGCCUUCAUGUUCUGACCUUGAAUAAAAUCAUGACCCCCAAAUCCCUCCGGACAUUAGCUCCACUCCUGACCUCAUAACCCCAAGCUCUCCAUAGCUCAAAGCAUUUCUGCUUCCCCAAUGUAGAGUCAUAGUCUCUGUACCUCAGUCUGCCUCUCUCAUGUCACUCUUCUCCCUUCUAGAUGAUCACUAUUUGCUCCCCCAUCUCAUCCUAUCCAGGGUAGGAUCUUGGAUGGAUGAAUGUAAUGAAGAAACUGAGAUUGGGACACAGGAAUCCAUGGUGUCUUAUUAUGCUAGAGGGAAGCAUGUGAUGGGGGGGAGUGUUACAAAACCACUGAACAGAAGGCAAUCCAAAUUUUCCUCUGGUUACUUCUAGGGCUACCAUCUGAGCAACCCACUACGGUUUCUCACAGCCUCCCCUCACCCCAUUUAGAUUAUUAUCACAGGACUGACCCUACAUUCCCAUACUGUACCUAAGGUGAUACAGGAUAUUUUUGGUAGAAGUCCACUUUUCUAUAACACAAAGAAUUUGGUGGAACUAUAAAGAAAAAGGGGAACUAGCUUUUGAAAACCCAGUCCUACCUGGAACCUUCCCUUUAUCUGCUCUCCUUUUAGGUAGAGGAUCUUCAAAUUGAACAACAUUGGAGAGAGAAUUGUGAAGUACAAUCUAUCUCCCAAGGAAACAUGGUGGCUGGCCCACUUGUGACCAGAUGCUAGAAACAAAAGGUAGCCCAGAAAGCUAUACCACCCUCAGUGAACUGGAUUAAGAUUAUUUUAGAGUAGGAUUUCAAAGUUUGGUUCUGUAAUUCAUCAAUUCUGUAUUCUCGAAUUUUUUAAAAUUUUUCCUUCUCUCUUGGCUUCUAAUAAAAUCGUCUUACGAAA